AUGCCUAGCAAUAGCAAUAGCAAUAGCGAUAGCGAUAGCGAUAGCAAAGAGAUGCAACCCGAUGACAGAGUCUUGAAAAGACAUACUUACCACGCAAGAAGUUCCGAGACGAAGACCAACAACAACAGCAACAACAGCAAUAACCAACAAAAGACUAACAACAAGAACGACCUGUUUGCAUUCUCCAUGCACGGAUCAGACCCAACACUCGAGUUUUCCGAAGACAGUCUACCAUCUCCUUCACAAAACGACAUGUAUAUUGAUCACGAUACGAGUGGUGGUGAUCGUCUCGUCGUACUAGCAGAAUCCUCCUUGUCUACAUUGUCGUUGGAUUUUGAGCAAGACGAAACGACGACAGAUCAUGAUAAGAACACUAAGGCGAAGAAGAAAAAGAAAAAGAGAAACAGCAAACGACUCAGUUCCGACUCUCAAGAACGAGAUGACAUUGCGAUUGAGCGUGAGGCCUUGCAAUUGAAGUCGUGUGAGCUAGAGUCAAAACUUGAAGAAGAUUAUGACGACGACCCUGCUGCUGAAGACCAACAACAAGCCAAUAAGAGGACGCCCCGCAGUCCACUUAGCAUCAAUAAUGACGCCCUUCUAGUUGAAAACACAAUUCUGAAACGAAGACUACAGAGACAGGACGAAAUCAUUCUAGAGCAAUCGAACCGAGUGGUCUCUGACAAUUUAAGACGGACGGAUCGUCAAAAGUGA